AUGUCGGGAUUUGAAAUCAUUGGCGCUGUGGCCGCUGCUGAGCAAUUUGCCGAAGUCCUGUUUAAGACCAUCAAGCUGGCCAAAUCUGUUGCCGACCAAUUCCAAGAUGGCCCGAACCAAAUACAGCAAAAAAUUGAAUGUCUCGAAAGCCUCGCAUCGCUUGCUAAACAAAUACAAAAUACAAAGUCUCUGCAAACAGAAGAUAUUGGUAAAAUAUUGACUCGGUGCGAAUGGCAUGUGCAAUCAUUACAAGAUCUCCUGCAAAAGAUCUCAUUUAAUUGCCAUGAUUCAAUUCAAAAGAAGACUUGGCGAGCUAUCGCUGGCCUGAAACAAGAAGCAAAUAUUUCAAAGCUCUUCGACAACCUGGAUCAUGAGUAUAACUCACUCAACACUCACAUUAACCUUCGCAUUUUAGCAAUCACUGGAGAUAUACAAACCGGAUAUAAUUCCAUUGAUACCAAACUGAACUCAAUUGCACAAGCAACUAAUCCAAGCCCCGAUUCUCUAAAAUGUCUACAAGCUCUGUUUAUCACGGACCCUGCGACUGAUCGUGCCAAACUUAUAAACUCCAAGGGAGAGCUUGUACAAGGCACCUGCGACUGGAUUGCUCAGAAAAAAGAGUUUAUCGAAUGGAGGGCUUCUGACGGUGGGCUGCUCUGGAUAUCAGGCGGCCCUGGCCUCGGAAAAACCAUGUUAUCGAUUUACCUUGUAUCGUACCUCUCGAGCUGUUUUCUCUCUACCGACGAUGGGAAAACCCACUAUUCGACUUACUUUUUCUGUGAUGCCAACGACAAUACUCGCAACAACGCUGUUGCUAUCAUUAGAGGAAUACUUUUUCAACUUCUGGAACAAAACAAGGAACUUAUCGGACAUAUACUCCCCAGUUAUGAAAUACAAAGGGAGCAGCUAUUUUCCCAUAACUCAUUUGAAACGGUUUGGAAAUUCUUUCUCACAAUGGUGAACGACCUUGGGGACUCGCAAGCGACUUGCAUCAUUGACGGUCUGGAUGAGUGCGAGCCAAUCUCACUGGAGCUCCUGCUUAAAAAUCUCAAGAAAAUCACAAGCACGUCGCCUAGGCUCAAAAUAAUUGUGUUGAGUCGAGAGUAUCCUCGGAUUUUUGGAGCUUCACUUGGUCAAUUUCCAAGAAUUCGCCUUGAUCCAGAUGCAAAAACCGAGGUCAAUCGCGGGCUUGAGCAGUAUAUCUCAACGCGCGUUGCAGAGUUGUCUGAAAGUAAGCAAUAUACAACUCAGCUAGCGAAUCAUGUUAAAGAAUGUUUGAUGGAAAAGUCCGCCGGCACAUAUCUGUGGGUAAGCUUCACUGUGAAAGAUCUUCAAACCAUGGAAAUGUCUGAAGUGGAAGAGAGCUUGAACCAAUUCCCUCGGGGACUUGAUGCUCUUUAUGAAAGAAUUCUUCAACAAAUCGAAAGCACACAGAGAGGCCUAAUAUUGGAUAUCCUCCGGUGGUGCACAUUUGCGGUUCGGCCGCUCUCACUCAGCGAACUUGCUGCCAUUUUAGGGAUCAAGCAAACCGGGCUGCUUGAUGGCGUCACAAUCCUGCGAGGAAAACUCGCGUACUGUGGCCAUUUCCUAAGCAUAACAGACGAUACCGUAACUUUGGUUCACCACAGCGCAUACGAUUUUUUAACGCGCCAAAUUCCAACCUGUGAAGCGAUGCCUUGGUUUUCAUUGUCAAAUGUUGAAUUAGAACAGUCACAAUUGGCAUCUGCUUGUAUUUCCCAUUUCUGCGACCUGUGCUACGAAUAUAAGGAUGCUCUCCGGGUUCAGGUAUGGGAAGAUAGGAGAAAGCUUAGCAACACGUAUCCUUUUUUUGAUUACGCAUCAUGGCAGUGGACUGAGCAUUUUAAAUAUUCUGGCGAGCGGGGUGACAAAAUAUUGACAGAGCAUCCAAAACUCUUCUCUGAUAAGUCAGACAUCCUUGAUUUAUGGAUGGAGUUGAUCAACGCUAGACGUCUUACGCGAACGACGGGGUUGUUCUGGUGGAAGCCAUAUCAUAACGAGGUGCUAUUCAGUGGACAAGCUGAAUUGGCGGCCAACUAUGGGUUGACCGCUCUUAUGGAAAGAGUUCUCAAAAAAGAAGGCAGUUGGCGAUAUUUAAAAGCAUUAUUUGCACAGGCACCCGGAAGCCCACAUCUCCAAAUAGCUGCUGAAAAAGGACACGUUCCUAUCCUCGAGAUGCUCCUCAAGAACAAGGCGCGCAUUAAUUCGAAAGAUUCGCUUGGCCGAACGGCUCUACAUUGUGCCGCUACACAAGGACACCUCCCUGCUGUCACAAUACUAGUAGAAAACGGAGCGCGUAUAGACUGCGAAACGAAGGAUGAGGGCACAGCACUUGAUGCCGCUGUGGAACGGGGCCAUUACGAAACAGUCCAUUAUCUACUGACAUGUGGUGCAAAUGUCAAUGGCGGCAAAACGGCCACGGCGAAAACUUCUCCUUUAAUGAAAGCAAUUCGUUGGAACAGACCAGAACUGGUGAAGUUGUUGCUUGAAUGGGGUGCUGACGAUCGACUGGGAACCAAGGAUUUUGAAUACUAUUUCGCACCAAAGUUGCGUGCUUUUAUAGAAUAUUUUGCAGAGAAAUUUUGCAUCACUCCUUCACACUUUCGAGACGAAAUUGACUUCGGAAAAACCACAGCUCUUCACCUUGCUUGCAUAAGAGGAGACUUGGCUGCAAUUCGUACGCUUUUGGACCCAAAAUGGAGCCUCGAUGUGAAUCGCCAGGACGGAUACGGAAACACAGCUCUUCAUUUGGCAGCAUGUGGAGGCAAGCUUCAGGCAAUGAGAUUACUUUUGAUGAAUCCCAGCGUUGACCCUAGCCUGAUAAAUCACUGGGGGCUCAGCCCGUUUCAUAUGGCUCUCUUUCACUGUCAAUCCCAUGUUGUCGAAUACUUAUAUAUGACAAGGAAUUGGGAUAUACCACCACCAGAGCCCAACGAAAAGUGCAGAUUGGAUGCAAUACACAUCGCCAUAUUGGGGGGUUUCUCCCAUAAGUCAGUCCGCAAAAUGCUAGUGUGUCUCGUUGUACAAUUUGGAGUUGACCCGGAGCUACGAACGCCCAGAGCGAAUUGCCUUGAUAAUAAGUGGCACAGCCAUCACCUCCCACGCCGAGGUGAUGAGUACGAACGAUCGCCUGCUGACCUAGCACCAGAAGACUUCUGCUAUGAGACACCACUAUCUCUUGCUAUACAAAGAGGCCUCCUCAGAACUGUGGAGUUCUUCUUAGGUUACUGCAAUAUUGACCCCAACGCGCCCUGCAGAGGAUGUGACGGUGCGACUCCGCUGCAUGUCGCUGCACAAAGUUUAAGAGAGGAAGUUGUGCGGGACCUCAUAAUGAAAUGGAACGCCAAUGUUAAUUGCCUGGAUGAUCAUCAGCGAACACCACUUCACUUAGUGGUUAGUGCUUUGGCACAUUAUAGAAGUAGCAAAGGCAUGCGAAACAGUCGGCUCGACUCAAGAAACGCAAUUAUCCGAGAUCUUAUAAGGGCUAACGCGCAAACAUCUGCAAUGGAUGCUAAUGGCUGCACUCCUCGGGAUUUAUUCGUUUCCAAUAAGAGCUUUGAAACUGGCUGGAGAAACACGGAUCGGGGAGAUGAAUUUGAUAGGCUCAUUAGGUUAUGA